AUGCGGAAAACUGAAAUAUUUGCAAAAUACUUCGGUCAACUUAUAAACUUUCCUGAACCGAAACAUAAAUUGGAAUUCUCUGAAACAACUGAAAAUCUGGAAGAAGAUAUACCACCUAAUGCUGAAAAAAUUAAGGAAGCAAUUAAAAAUCUAAAAAAUAAUAGAGGUAGUGGGGAAUACUCUAUAACAGCUGAAUUUUUGAAUUGGUCUCUGUCAAAAAUCAUUAAAGAGCUGAAGAUAAUCUUCGAAGACAUUUGGAGAACAGGGAGGUUUCCAGAAGAGUGGAAAGUAGCACUAAUUCCCCCAUUACAUAAAAAAGGGGAAAAACUGAACUGUGAUAAUUAUAUCUUCUGCAAACUGCAUUCAAGAUGCAAGACUCCGAGUGUCGAAUCGAUAUUUCAAAUGCUCACUUACCUCUUGGGAAGACAAUCCAAGCUGAUGGUGGAGACUUAUUUCCAGAUAUUUGGGGGUCCUCUGAUUCAAAAUCUGAAGGUCCAGUGGGGGUAUCCACCUUCUAGAGAGCUGCAGGGGAAUCAGGCGGUAUGA